AUGCAGGGAUCUGGGGACCGAGGUUUACUAGAAAGCAGCACACGGCUAAAACCUCAUGAAGCUCAGAGCUACAGGAAGAAGGCCUUGUGGGUUUCCGGAGCCUCCAUUAUUAUCACCCUGGCUCUUGCAGUGGCUGCAUUCACUGUCUCCAUAAUGAGGUACAGUGCAUCAUCUUUUGGAUUUGCUUUUGAUGCUACCCUGGAUGUUUUGUCAUCAGCAAUAGUACUGUGGCGUUACAGCAAUGCAGCGGCUGUGCAUUCUGCACACAGAGAAUACAUAGCCUGUGUCAUCUUGGGUGUGAUAUUUCUUCUGUCAUCUAUAUGUAUAGUGGUCAAAGCCAUCCAUGACCUUGCGAAUAAGUUGCUCCCAGAAGUGGAUGACUUUCUGUACAGUGUCUCUGUUUUAAGUGGAAUCCUUUGCUCUAUCUUGGCAGUGAUCAAAUUUAUGUUGGGAAGGGUCCUCACAAGCAGAGCACUCAUAACGGACGGUUUCAACUCUCUUGUAGGAGGAGUAAUGGGAUUUUCUAUCCUUCUCAGUGCAGAAGUUUUUAAACACAAUGCUUCUGUCUGGUACCUGGAUGGCAGUAUAGGAGUCCUAAUUGGACUUACAAUACUCACCUAUGGAAUCAAGCUGCUUAUCGAUAUGGUCCCUCGCGUCAGGCAAACGCGCCACUAUGAAAUGUUUGAAUGAAGAUGAAUCCCCUCUCCGCUGUAAAGACUGUAAACUGUAGUAUCAUAUGUUUUGGCAAGUGGAGCCAAUGGUCUUUUACUGAAUAUGCAGUUUGUUUCCCGUUGUAUAUUUUCUUUUAACGUUUGUUUUAAUGGGAAAUCUCUCUGUAUAACAGGCAAAUGUGCACACUGCUUACAACUCAACAAAACAGCAGCAUUUUCCUUUCAAGUAUGCUAUUGAAUCCUGUGACAGUAGACAAUGUACACGGUUUGCAGUUCUAAACCAGCUGCCAUAUUCUGCGUUCCAGAGUGAAAUCGUUCCUACCGAUGUGUGUAAAUAAGAGGUGCCAAUUUUUUUUUUAAAUGUUAGCCCAGAAUUGUGCUGUAACUUUGAAUUACAGCCAUUGCUAACCUCUUCAGCUAACCACUAAAGGUUGUAUUAUGUAGAUUAUGGACACUAAAAAGUGUGUAGCUUAAAGCACUGAAAUAAUAUGAUUUUUUUUUUUUCUCUCAACCCCUUUUGAUUUAAGAGAAUGGAUUUCACUGGAAAGAAACAACACAAACCCUACACGUUUUGUUAUCAGAAAGUUUAAUAGCAAAUCUUAACCUCAUGCCUUUUCAAGGGCAAAUUCUAUUUUUAAGAAGUAACACACAGCAUAAUGCCUUGCAUGGUCCAAACAAGCCAAUGGUAUUACUGUACAAACAAAAGCCAAAAAGAAACCUAAAGAGGAAAACUUGUUUGAGAAACGUAGUCCUCAAGCUUUUACUGUAUUAUACACAGAUAUACCAGUGUGUGUGACUAUGUGGUUGCUCUGUAGUCUGAUGAUGGUACAGCAGUGAUGACUUCCAAUUGGUGGUGAGAUUAUAGAUCUAUCUGUUAGAUUUAGAUUAUUCUGUAAAACAUUGUUCACUUUCCACCAUACAUUCUUAUGUAUUUCUUAGUAACCUGCUAUAAUACACAAGAAUCAUGAUGUAUAAUCAAUAAAAUCAUUAUCUAUUUUAUACAGUACCUGUAAUUAAAACUAGAACCAAAACUAAAACAAAGUCUUCCUGUAUAACAGCCCAUUAAACUUGAUUCUCUGGCUACUGCCACUUACUUCAUACUUUGUACAUUUCAAGGUGCAUGGAAAAGUGAGUCAAAAUUGUGACCUUCUGUUGGUUUCCAAGUGGAUAAAAGAAAUCAGUCGUCUUGUUCUGACCUGUAUGAUCGUACCACGUCAAGCGCAGGGAACUCGUGUGGGUUCUGGAACUGCAUGCAUGAGAGCUGAUGUACUGUCAGUAAAGACCAUGAUAAAGAGAAGGCUGUUUAAUUCUGGCUGAAGUGUUAUCUUCCAUGUCAUAUGUGCAGGGCAAGAUGAUGUGAUUUUGGGACUGGGGAUCAGAUCUCAAUUCUGCCCUUUCUACUUUUCAUGAUCCCAGGCUACCCUUGCACUAGCAAGUUGAAAGCUGGUUGCCCACAGGUCCAGGGCAGCUGAUUGUCUGCCCUGGCUUGGAUUGCACCCAGGGCUGGUUCAAGACUGGUCAGAGCCAAAAAAAAAAAUCAACUAAUUGUUGGCCCCAGCCUUGUACCUGCCACAUGUUCAAUUUAAGGUACCAUACACGCCUACCAUAAAAAUGUUUUUACAUUAUAUAUACAUUCUAUGUAGAACAUUUGUAUGGCUGGUUUGCCAUUUUAUGGCAUAUUAAUUGCAGCAUAAAUGUAAUGUGUAGAAGGGGCUUGUUUCUUCCAGGGAAAACAGUGGGAGAUCCUGGAAAAGGGGCACAGGGAAGAGGCUAUGAGACUUCCUAGCUUUUCCACUCACUGUAGUUUAAUCCAACUUGGAGCAGUCUUCAUCUAGUGGCUCUUCCCCUUGCAAAAUGGGUGGCUCAGUGAUGGAUAUAUAAAGGAAUGUAAUAGGGGACAGAUGCAUGAAAGUGCUGGUAGCUCCUGGCCAUGUUUCUGUAGGUCCUACAGUGUAGAAAAUUUGGAAGGGGUCAGUGGAAGAAGCAAGUGAACUUCAGUCAUUUCUGCCUCUUUCCUUGUUUUGACACUUGAUUUGAAUGUGUCUGUAAUGGUUCAUUCAUCUCCUCUGGUUUAGCAUGUAUGCUUACACCCAUGCAGUUUAGGAAUAAAGUCAAAAAUUGUAUACCCAAGUAAAACAACCCACUGCCAGAGGAAUCUAGUUUAUAUUUUUCUAUUGCUUCCUUUGGUGCUAUAUGGACAACAGAUAGGGUGGAAAUUAAUUUUUUUAACCAUUAAAUACAUUUCUUUUGCUAGCAUCUAGUUAAUGUUAUUGAACUGGUGUCAAGUCAGGACUUGUACAGUGUUUUCUAGGCACUAAGGAAUAAACAGUAUUAGAACAGCAAUAGCAAAAAUUCAAGCAAAAAUUUGAAAUCAAGCCCAUAAUUCAACUGAUACCAUGAAAUACAGUGUUCACUUCCCUUGUGAUGCACAAUUGUUGACAGAACAAGUACUAGGUAAGAGAACACAUCGGACAAAAUUCCCAGAAAAGCAGUAGUGUAUUGGAAUGCAUGGUGCAUUUGGCAGAAGUUGGAUUUUUUUUGUUAAAAACAGCAAAUACAUAUUGUGAACUGCAAUUCUCC